CAUGGUACAAAUUUGAGAGCAACAACGGUGGGGUGUCAGUAAAAUGGCAUCGUUGUGUGUGUGGUUGGUGGGUGAUGGAAAUUGUUUUAUUUUACUAUGUAGACUUUUUUUCGUGUUUUUAUGUACGUUUGUGAUAAAGAGCAACGCAAUAUUAUUAAACGAUCCAAAACUUGAAUUCUAUCACCAUGAAAUUGUUUAUCCAAGAGUCUAUUCUACAGAUGGCAGGGAAAAGAGAGAGAUCAGGAGUGAGGAUAAUCAUGAAAAGGUCCUCAUGGUCGAUUUUCAAACAACAAAAAAACGAUUUCUUCUUGAGCUUCGAAUGAAUCAACUUUUACUCCCAUCUCAUUAUUUUGAGAAACAUCACAAAAAUGGAACAUACGUAUUAGAAAAACCAAUGAAAGAGAAACAAACCCAUUGCCAUUAUCAUGGUAAUUUAAAAGGAAAUUACAAGUCAUGGGCUGCAGUUAGUACAUGUCAUGGAAUAAGACUGCCAGUGUGUCUUGAUGAAUUUAUCAAGCAACUGGAUUACAGACAUAAAAAGCAAGAGCUUAAAUGA